ACUUAACAUUUCAAUUUCAAACGGUUUUCGAUUGUGUAGUGUUUUAGGUCGUUUAUCAAUUUGUGAAACAUAUAUUGAAGUGUAUUUUUUAUUACAAUUAUGUCCGUUUUUGAUGAAAUACUGUGUAAACUUAAUGAAAUAUCUAACAGUUAUGUUCGCUCCCUAAACGAAGACAUACAGGUUGCUUUCGACUCUUUAGAGAAGUUUGCUGAAGAAUAUCAAAAUGGACGCGGGAAACGGGACCAAAAUCAGAAGAAGGCUCUGGUGAACACGCUCAUGAGCAUAAAUGAGGCCGAAGAUGAAAACACUCCUAAAGAAGUCGGGAAGUCCAAGGAUGGCUCGGAGAAGCGGCUCUCCAGCAAGCGGAGCAAGGAGCAGGUUGAGGGCAUGUCUAGCCCUGAGCAGGAGAAGAGACCCAAGAGAAAUGCCUCUGUUAAGGCUCAGAAUAAUAUCAGCAAACAGGUGAACGUGAACCUGACGCAGAAGCUGCGGCGCGACGACCCGGAAAAGACACGUCGACGUAAGGAUGACGACGCGGACAAGACACGUCGGCAUCAGGAUGACGACAAGGAGAACAUACUGACUGUCGUACAGGUGAAACAGGAGAAGGUAUCCCUCCCACCGGAGCCAAUGGAGACAGAAUCGGUGUUAGACAUACCAUCAGUGCCUGUGAAACAAGAACCCGAUAAUGAUGGAACGGCUAUGCCACCUCCAGCCGCCCCUGUACCUAAGCCCCGCAAGCUGCCGCCGAAGGAGAAAACCACGGACAUCGAAGAGGAACCGACUGGCAAACGCAGCACGCGCACAAGGAAGAAUACAGAUUCUAUGCCACCGCCACCGGUCCCAGGUCCGUCGGAGCGGCCGGCGCGGGCGUCGCGGCGCGGCGCGGACCGCGCGGCCGGCCCGGCGAGCGGCCCGGCGUCCGGUACGACGACCGGCCCGGCGGAGCCGCCGGCGCAGCCCCCGCCGCCGCCGGAGCCCCGGCCGAAGCGCACGCGGGCGAAAAAGAAAGUCUCAGAGGCACCUGUCACAGACUCUGAAAAUACACAGCCGCCCGUAGAAAACGGAAGCGGUACACCUGAUAAACCGCGGCCGAAGAGGACCAGGCGAGGGAAGAAAGCAGCGGAGGAAGAACCACCGAAACCCAAAGAACCAUCCCCGGAACCACAAAUAAUCCCCAAAGAAGAAAGAAUAUCCAUCCCCGACCCGCAAUCGCCCGCCAUACCUCAAAAGACCGUCAAAAAGACCAAGGCUGACUCAACAGUAUCAAUAACUUCAGAUGACUCUAUACAAUCGAAAAAGGGCCCUAAAAGGAAGGGAGCAAAGACGAAAGUUGACAAGCAAGCGGUGGAGGAGACUCAGGUUCUGAGCAAUAUGAAUACGACGGUAACCAUUAGUAUGAAUAAGACUGUGGUGUUGCCGAAUGGGGUGUAUGACCAUACUGAUGGGAAGACCACGAUUGCAAUGAAUGAAACAGUCGUGCUAGCUACAAUCAACCGGGACACCAUGGUUCUAGACAAACCACAGGCUAAGAUUAUGGACUCCACAGUUGUCAUAGAGAAAGAUGGCGCCAUUCCCGACUUGACGGACGACCUGUCCCAGAUGACUGACGACCUGUCCCUGAUGACGGACGACCUGUCCCUGAUGACGGAGGACGUGCCCCAGUUCACGGAGGACGACAGUGAAGAGUACUGCACGCCCGGCAAGCGGGACACGCCGCCGGAACCCACUUCCGCUGUAAAAGCCAAAGUACAACAGUUUGAAGAGAUGGCUGCCAGGACCACUAGAACAAAAACGAGAGCUAUGGCCAAAAAGGAUGCCGAGACAGAAGACAGUACGCCGCCCGACAGAAUACCCAAGCAGGUUCUCUCCGCCGACACGCUCAACAAGAUGAACAAAUUGAUAUUCAACGGCAAGACCACUCAGAUAUCAAGUUCGGCCUCGAAGCCGACUGCCAAGCUGCCCCCCGUGAAGCAGUUACCGGUUUCCGCGUCCAAGGCGUCCGCCCUCAGCCGCGCGCGCGACGAGCUGCUCAGCAAGGACGACGCGCGCAGGAAGAAGGAAGCCAUGCUCGAGGCUAAGAAGGAGGUGCAGAAACGAAAACGCGAAGAGAAAAUGGCCGCCGCCGCAGCGGCGCGCGAAGCCGCCGAGAAGGAACGCAGAGCCGCGUUACAGGCACAGGCACGGGACAGGAUGGAAAAACAAGCCCAUGCUGAUCAAGGGAAACUAGAAAAAAUGAAAGAGGUAGAAAGGAAAAAGCAAGAGCUAGCGCGUAAAGUAGCGGAGACGGAGGAGCGGCGCCGCGCUGAAGAACAGGCGCGGCUGGCGCGCCUGGCGGAGGAGCAGCGGAAGGCAGACGCGGCCAGGAGGAAGCAGCAGGAGGAGAGCGAGGCUAUGAAGAAAGAGGCUGCCAUGAUGGCUAAGGAAAUCGAGAAGAGACAAAAAGAGUAUCUCGAGAAACAAAAGAAACAAAGAAUGGAGACUGACAAAAUGCACACACCAUUGAAGAAUCUCACGAAGGCGCCCCCGAUGGAGCCCGUGUACAUGCAGGACGGCUUCCAGUACCUCAACUCCGACGAUGAUGAUGAAGACGCGCCGCCCAAGUUCCCCACGCCCGACUGGUGCAAGGCGCGGCACCGGCAGCUGGCGCUGCAGCAGCAGCUGCCGGCGCGGCUGGUGGACGGGCUGUUCGCCGUGCGCGCGCGCCGCGUGGACCUGCGCGCCGUGUUCCCGGGCGUGGAGCGCGCCGCCCUCAAGCGGACCUCGUCCGCCGUGUGGCGCACCCCGCCCGCCCUGCAGCCCGCCCGCGGGCAGGAGUCCCCGAUAUAACAUCGAGUUGAGACCAGUCGCGGGCGAUCAUUGUAAAUAGUAUUAUGUAAUUUGUAUUUAAUCGCUAAUUAUACAGGGUGAUUCAUGAGACGUGAGCAGGACUAAGCCUACACAAUCAGUAAAUGUUAAUGAAUCGUUCACGCAUCAUAUUUAAGUAAAACAAUCACGCUUUUUAUCUGUUAUUAAACUUUUUGUUAAGGACAAAUUUGAUUAUCUACAAUCAUGGACACCAUACAACACUUAAUUAACAAAGAUAAAACCUCUAACCGUUAUGACAGCACUUUGAUUAUGAAGAAAAUAAAAUGUCACACUUGAGUGAGAUACGAUUUUAUAAAAGUAACCAGACUCUUCGAUGACAUUCAAUUUGUCACUUAUUAUGGAUAAAACAAAGAGGGUGACCAUAAAUAUCGUAAUCUUAAAUAUAUAUCGUAUAUAUAUGUAUGUUUAUGUAUGUGUAUUUUUUAUGAAUGUAUUGUGUUCGUACAUGUAUCAAUUGUAUCACCUAUACCUAUGUUUUGCAUCGCCUACAACUUAUCUGCUUUGCCUACAGGUUGACUGGUAGAGAAUGCCUUACGGCAUUAAGUUCGCCUAUUGUACAGUGUGUUUUCUUAUGUGCAAUAAAGAUUAAAUAAAUAAAUAAAUAAAAUAAAACUUUUUUUUAACAGUAAAAAUUAAAUUAACGUUAAUCUCACAAAUACUGGUACGAAACAGUUGCCGAUAAUUUACUGAAUAUGCAGGCUUGAUCCUGCUCACGUCUCCUGAAUCAAUCUCUAUAUAGAUAUAUAAUGCCGACCAUCGAGUAAAGACCGGAUCACACCCAAAAUUACUCUAAUUUUCUAAUUUGUAAUAAGCUACUGUUCAACACGUAUUUUGUGAAUAUAGUAACAGUCACUAUACCUGACCUAUCUGAAAUCUAAAUAUAUAAAUAUUUGGGGAAAUAUUACACAAAUCGAGUUCUACAGUACAGUAAUCAUAGAAAUAAUUUACGCUUCCCUUUAAAGUGUAACUUGUUCUAAGCUUACGAGGAAGGGUACCCAACUGUCCGACUCCGAUUUGAUUCAUUUUGAUAUAUGUUAUAGAGUAGUCUAAAAUAACGGACACGUAUUUUUUUUUUAGCUGCCCAAACUCAACCUAUUGGGAGAAAUUGUCCUCCAAAGUACUAAAAAGUUACUAAAUCUUCUAACUCCUAUAGAAAGUGAUGCUCGAGCAACUUGCUAGUUAAUGGCUGGUUUGAGUAUAUGUUUGAAAGCAGCAAAAAAUAAUGAGCACGUGUUUUGUUAUAUCGGCUAAAACUCAUUUUUUCCUAAAAAAAUCGACAUUCGAAGUUUUAUAAUAUCGGGUGUUUUUUUAGGAAAACUUGAGUUUAAGCAGAUAUAACAAAACACGUGUACAUUAUUUUUUCCUGCUCUCAAACAUAUACUCAAACAAGCCAUUAACUAGCAAGUUGCUUGAGCAUCACUUUCUAUAGGAGUUAGAUUUAGUAACUUUUUAGUACUUUGGAGGACAAUUUCUCCCAAUAGGUUGAGUUUGGGCAGCUAAAAAAAAAUACGUGUCCGUUAUUUUAGACCACUCUAUAACAUAUAUCAAAAUGAAUCAAAUCGGAGUCGGACAGUUGGGUACCCUUCCUUGUUAGACCAUGAAAAGAAUAACAGUCAUAAAUAUCGUUAGAUUUGUACCACUACGCGGUGAUCACUUAGAGGAUAUAACAACUGGAGACGCCUUGUCUGUAUAUUAAAUAUCAAUACGGACGUGCCAAAAAUAUGUACACACGACCAUAUUGCCUAUAUAUUAAGGUAGUGUAUACAUAUUUUUGUCACUUUGUCCGUAUCGAUAUUUAAUACCUUGUCUGUUCCACCAUAGAACUGUUUUUCUUGUCCGGAACUCUCAUUUACAUACAACAUACUAUGUAUUGCCAAUAAAAGGUUAAAAUGUUGAUUAUCUAUAGCGAAGACUGUCAGUAGAAUUUUUGAAAAUUAUAAUUCUUGGGUGCAAAGAUCUGUUGUCGAAUGAACUAAGGACAUCACACUUUGAAAACGGUCGAGAAUCUUUUUUGUUGUAGUUAUAAUGUAAUCAUGUUUCUUAGGCGAAUGAAGGUGUUUCAUGUUAGCUUAUUAUCAUACUCUGUAUAUUUAGGUAUUUAUAUAUUAAAAGUAAAAAAAACAACCCUCAAAAUGCUCUAUAAGCCAGUUGAGGGUAGAUGAAAAUAUUACAUGAUCAAAUAGUGUAGGUUAAAGUCAGGUCGUUCAGUGACAGAUGCAGGUGGUUUUGUAUCUGGUUGGUUAACCAAGAAAUGUUAUAACUACCCGAAAAUUUACAAUAUUUUUUUUUUAAAUACCUAAAGAUACAGAGUAAAGAUUUUGUUAAAAUAUUAUGUUUUAAAAUUGACGACAUAAGAAUUAGCGAAGAAGUUACGACUCGUGGCUACUGCAUUCAAUUUAACCUUUGAUUUUGAACCUUAACUAAAUUAUAUAAGGCUGUUUAUUGCAUGUUAAGGCUGACAUUUGUGUGCGAUUUUUAUAUUUUAUUAAUGAAUCUGCUCAUUCUAAAUUCAAAUUUAUGUGCUCUAUGGUUAGGUUAAUUUUCAAAGAAUCGUGAAAAUAAUUUUUAUAACACUACGACCAACGCUGAUAUAUUUAGUGGCUAUGUUCACGACUUGCCUCACUUUGGACUGCAUUACUUAUCAAGUUGUGUGUAAAUUUGUCCCAACGAAAGUUCACAUUUUUGCCACAACGUGCGUUGUCAUGGCUCAGCCAAUAUAUAUGCAGUAGGAAAUAAUAUAAUAAAAAUAAUGUUAGAUUUAUAUAAAUUUGAAUGCAGAUGUUUCCUUGACGUAUAUUAGGAUUUUCAAUAAUAUAUAAAUAAAGUUAAUUGUAUGUAAUGUUUUUUUGUCGCUGUGUAAUUGAAAGUUUUAUAAAAAUAAAAAAUAAAAAUAAAAUAAAACAGCGUGAA